AUGGUCAUCGUCGACGGACAGCAAGAGUACCUCUGCGAAGAGGAGAAGCGGUUGAAAGAGGACCGCAAACGCGAGCGCUACUGGAAGAAAUGGGGCCCUUACGUUGCCGAGAGGCAAUGGGCUACCGUUCGUGAGGACUACUCCCACGAUGGAGAUGCAUGGAGCCAUUUUUCCCAUGACAUGUCUCGCUCCCGCGCGUACCGGUGGGGUGAAGACGGUAUCGCCGGUGUUUCCGACACCCACGGUCUUCAGAACAUUACCUUUGCUUUCUGGAACGAAAAGGAUGAUUUUCUCAAGGAGAGACUCUUCGGCCUUUCGAACCCUCAGGGAAACCACGGCGAGUCGAUUAAAGAGGCGCACUUUCACCUGGACAACACACCCACUCACUCUUACAUGAAGUUCCUUUACAAGUAUCCCCAGCGCCGAUUCCCAUACGACGACCUCAUCAAGGAGAAUGCGAGACGCACUAGACUCGAUCGCGAAUACAACAUCGUAGACACUGGUAUUUUCGAUGAUGACAGAUACUGGGAUAUCUUCAUUGAAACGGCGAAAGAAGCCGAUGAUGAGGAAGAGCUUCUCUUCCGAAUCACGGCCUACAACCGUGGUCCCGAGGCGGCACCACUCCACAUUGUGCCCCAUGUCUUCUUCAGGAACACCUGGGCGUGGGGACGUGAGACGCCAGACAAGAAGCCGAGCAUCCGGAAGGUUGGCGGUACGACUGCUGUGUCCAGCCACCACAAGCUAGGCGAGAGAUAUUUCCAAUUGUCGCCUUCUCCAGGGUACGGUGCAGAGAGCGAAGACGUCCAGCCAAAGCUCCUUUUCACCGACAACGACACCAAUUUCAAGAAGCUUUGGGGAACGGAGAACAAGACCGCCUACACCAAAGAUGGUAUCCAUGAGCGCAUCUGCGACGACAAUGUGGCCGCUGUUAAUCCCGAGAACGUUGGAACCAAGGCAGCUGCCUGGUUUGCUUUUGACGAAGGUGACGGAGUCCCACCUGGAGAGUGCGCUGUCGUCCGCUUCAGACUUUCCCGGAGAAAUGACGGUUACCUUGAUGAGGAGCUUUUUGAUGACAUCAUCGAGCAACGCAGAAUUGAAGCCGAUGAGUUCUACUACCGCAUCAACCCCUUGCCAAUGGCGGAGGAUCUUCGCAAUAUCCAGCGCCAGGCUUUCUCGGGCAUGAUGUGGUGCAAGCAGUACUACCACUUCAUCUGGGACGAGUGGGCGAACGGUGACCCCGGAAUGCCCCCUCCUCCGGCGAGUAGGAAGGAGAUCCGCAACAAGCACUGGAAACACAUGUACCUGGACGACAUCCUGUCGAUGCCCGAUUCAUGGGAAUAUCCCUUCUUCGCUGCAUGGGAUAGCGCUUUCCACUGCAUUCCGCUGGCCAUGAUUGAUCCCGACUUCGCAAAGAAACAGAUGGAUCUGUUCACACGCGAGUGGUACAUGCAUCCGAACGGUCAGCUGCCUGCCUACGAAUGGAAUUUCGGUGACGUCAACCCUCCAGUCCACGCUUGGGCUACGUUCAGGACGUUCAAGAUUGAGCGGAAGAUGUACGGGCGCGAGGAUCUUGACUUCCUCGAGCGUGUGUUCCAAAAGCUGCUUCUCAACUUCACCUGGUGGGUGAACCGCAAAGACUUUGAUGGCAAGAACAUCUUCGAGGGCGGCUUCCUGGGCCUGGACAACAUUGGACUUUUCAACCGCUCCGAUCCUUUGCCCACAGGGGGUGUCUUGGAGCAAGCUGACAGUACUGGAUGGAUGGCUUUCUACUGUCUGUGCAUGCUCAACAUCUCCUUGGAGCUGGCCAAGCAUCGCCGCAUUUACGAGGAUAUUGCAUCGAAGUUUUUCGAGCAUUUUAUUCUCAUCAGCGAUGCUAUGCAGUACCGUUCCGAUGGCGAGGAGAAGUCCCUUUGGAACGACGAGGAUGGCUUCUACUAUGAUGCCAUUUCCUGGGGUGGCCCCUGGAGCAAACAGAUGCCCGUCCGCUCCCUGGUCGGUCUGAUUCCGCUCUACGCGACCUUGACUUUGGAACCUGAGGUCAUUGACAAGCUUCCUUCAUUCAAGAAGCGUCUCAAUUGGUUCAUCGAUAACCGUUCCGACUUGGCUGAUCGCAAUUUAGCCAGCAUGAGCCGCCGUGGAAAGGGUGACAGGAUCCUUCUCUCGCUGGUUAGCGAAGAUCGCUUGAGGAAGAUCCUGAAGAGGAUGCUUGACGAAGACGAGUUCUUCGCAGACCAUGGAAUUCGAUCCUUGUCAAAGUACCAUCAGGAGCACCCUGUCUCCAUGGAUGUGAACGGACAAACUUUCGCGGUCGCCUAUCUUCCGGGCGAUUCGGAUAGCGGUUUGUUCGGAGGCAAUAGCAAUUGGCGCGGUCCUAUUUGGAUUGCUGUGAACUUCCUACUUGUGGAGUCUCUUCUGAGAUUCUACAUGUUCUACGGCAACACCUUCAAGAUUGAGUGCCCGACCGGUUCUGGCGACGAAAUGCAUCUGGGCCAUGUUGCCGAGGAAAUCCAGCACAGGCUGCAACACCUCUUUGCGCGCGGGGAUGACGGACGUCGCGCCAUCAACGCUGGAAACGAGAUGCUUGACUACGAUCCCAAUUGGAAGGAUUACAUGUGGUUCCAUGAAUUCUUCGAUGGAGACACUGGCAGAGGUCUUGGCGCCAGCCACCAAUGCGGUUGGACCGGAUUGAUUGCGAAGAUGAUCCACGACACUGGCAUCCGCUGCCGUCUGCCCCAGACGCCGCGCACUCCGUCCACAACUGCUGCGCACUACUUCGACGAUGUCUUUACCAAGUACAAGAUCCGUAAGCCUAGCUUCCGCAGGUCUUCAACCAGCCGAUCCAUUGGCGGCCGCCCUGAUUGGGUUGAUGUUGAACCCCCGAAGAGCCCCAAGGCGGCGAACGGCCAUGCCGUGGACGACGAAGAAAGUGAGCAGCCAGUCAAGCCUUUCAAGAGAGUCAACUCGGUUGGCUAUUUUGACGAAGAGGCGCUUGAGAAGAAGAGGCAGAUUGACGAGCAGGUGGCGGAGUACGUGUCCAACAAACUCUCACGGAUGAGGAGUCACGACUCUGCAGGUGAAGGUGUAGGUGACGAGCUUGAGACUCAGCUGGAUGGUGCCUGA